AUCCCCAAAACUUGUGGGAAAACAUCACUGUAAUGCUAAAUGCAUUCCCUGGGGCAUCCUGUAAAACUUGGAAGCAAUAGCGAAAAAUACCACAAUGAGAUCGUUCAGAGCUUUAAGUUUUCACCGACAGAGGGCGGCGCCGUGAUGUGCAGCACGUCAUCGACGGCGGCCAGCGUCGCCCUUAAAGGGCGGCGAAGGAGUUCGGAGCGUCGCCCGCGUCGCCGUCGGUUGUCGCACGGCGUCACUUCGCUUAUGUACGCGGCCCAACAGGGUGAAAUUGACCGCGUGCGGCACAUCGUUAAACAUCAGCCCUACAAUCUAUUUGAUCAGGACCGUACUGGAAAAACAGCCUUACACUAUUGCUGCACCAGCGACAGUAACAAAGCUGCCCAAGCUGCUGACUUACUUACCAUGGCCGCCCCCGAUUUGGUGGAAUCGAGGGAUGAAGACGGGUUUACGCCCCUUCAUCUUGCAGUGAUCGCAGGAAAUACUCAGCUAGUAACAUUUUUAUUGGCUAACAAUGCUGAUGUCGCUGCGGUGGAUAAUGAGAAACAUACCGUGGUGCAUUGGGCUACCGUUUGUGGAGAAACGGCAGCUCUUAGGGCAGUUUUAGCAGCCGGGGCCCCAGUGUCAACCCCCGACGUACAUGGGGGCUACCCUUUACAUUAUGCCGCUCAAAUGUGCGGAGGCGAUAAAGACUCAGAGCUGGGCCUCCAAGUCCUCCACGCUUUACUGGGUCAUAAAGACAUAAAUGUGUCAGUAGAGGAUGGCGAUAGGAGGCAGCCAUUGCUAUGGGCUGCUAGCGCUGGAUCUGCCAAAGCUAUUUUAGCUUUGGUACGGGCUGGCGCUAUAGUAGAGUCAUCUGACAGAGAUGGCCUUACAGCUUUGCACUGCGCAGCCUCACGUGGCCAUACAGAUUGCAUCGACACCCUCCUUACCCUCUGUGGAGCUUCGCCCGAUAUUAUCGAUAGUAACGGCUGUACAGCCUUGCAUUACGCCGUCACUUUAGGUCAUGCCGACGCGACUGCUCUACUCUUGGCCCACGGCGCGGACCCGAACAGGCAAGACCGUAAAGGGCGCAGUCCUGCGCACUGCGGAUGCGCAAAGGGCCAAUUUGAAACCGUCAAGUUGAUUGGGGCCAGAGGUGCUAACUUAUGGUUGAGAAAUGCUCGUGGGGAUUUUCCACUUCAUGAGGCAGCUGGGUCUGGUAGAAGAGAAUUAGUGGCGUGGUUGUUGAAUAUGAGGCCCAGCCAAGUGAACUCGAGGAACAAUGAUGGAAGAACUCCGCUUCAUAUGGCGGCGCUCAAUGAUAAUGUUGAUAUGUGUAAGAUACUCCUAGACUCCGGUGCAUCCAUAAACCCAAUCCUACGCACCUCCAAGAACAUCUUCAUGACCCCACUCGACUGCGCCCUACAAAGAGGUUUCCGCUCUACCGCGAAGUACCUCCAACUCCACGGGGGCGUCCCGGCGAGCCGCCUUACCGCCCCAACCCAAGACGCCCAAGUCACCAGCUCGCUCAGUGUUCAAAUCCGCGAUGACGUCACUUUUUGGGGCGACAGCACCUCCGAGAGCGACCGAGAAAAACCUCCAGAAGGCCGGAGUGCCCGCAAGGUCCACAAGAGGAAAUCCAGCUUCAAGACCAGAAGGAAAAAAGUGACUAUGUCCGAGAGCGAAAGUGACGUAGUGAAGAAAGAUAGGAAAGUUGAUACCGCCACCACUGCCACCAAUACUUCUGCAUUAGAAGAAUCCCCGAGGAAAGUUGGUUCUAGUCGAUUGGAUUAUAGUAGCGAAAUCAUCGUUAAUGGGAAAACUGAAAUUAAUAUCCAUCACAGCAACGAGGUUACCAUUGAAGAGACAGCUUCUGAUCAAGUUCUAGGGAACACCAGAGCCGCCUUAGUAAAAGAAAAAAGACCCAGAAGCGCCAAAUUUAACACUCUCACCAAAGACAAGUCGAGCGAGAAGGAUACUCCUCACGAAACCUCAUCAUCCACACAAAAACUCGAUACUCCAGAAAAAUCCACGUCUUUUUUAGGACAAAGUACAGGAACUUCCGAUGACACCAUGGAUACUGUAAUAGACACAUUCAAGCAAAACGAGGAGAAAACGCAAGACUUACCAGAUAUUUCAAAUACCAGUGAAGAAGUGGAUGAACCUAAAGAGAUCGUCGUUGAGGCCAGUGUACAUCCAGAACCCAAAAGAGUUACCAUAUGUGAAGGAGAGAAGGAAAAGGAGGAAGUUCAACUUAAAGGUAUUUUAAAGACAACCGAGAGCUCUCCAGCUGCAAGAGAACCUUCAGAAGAAGAAAUCAUUAGUAAAGUGGAUAGUGAUAAAGAACCAACUGAAGGUGUAGACGAGGAAACUGAGCGUAAGCCCAGCGCAACAAUCACCCAACAGCUAAAAGUAGAACAAGGGGACACCACGGUAUUUCAAGAGGAGCGAAAGUUGGAAAUUUGCGAAGAUGGUAAGACGAGGCAAACUGUUACGAGUGAUAGUAAGCCAGUAGAUUCAGUAUCACUUAAAAGUCCUGAAGAUCUAAAAGCACUUCCAGUAGAAGAGGAUUUACAUGAAAGUGUAAAAGAAACGAUUUCUUCUCUAACUACCGCUGCAGUAGUAAUGAAAGACGAAGUCCAAAAGCGUACAGCAAAAGAUAAAGAAGAGACUAAAGCAGCUUCUGCAGAAUCCGAAGAGUCUCCCCAGGAAGUAACUGUUAAAGACAAAAAGUCGCCAGUAUCUAAGGUGGUAGGAAAACCUAGAAGUAAAAAACAUGUUGCAGAAGAAACUCAAAAGGAAGCAACAAAACUUCCGAGAAAGCGUGAUAAAGAGAAAGAGCAAUCGGCAAUCGUAAAAGUUUUCAGAUCAAAUGCAGAGGCAGGCGAUGACAGCAAUGUGACUAAAUCCGAUGAAGAGUACACUUCUGAUGACCAAAGUUUUUCUGCAAAACAAACCCAUAAAAGCUUUAAGGUGCUAAGCGAGAAAGAAGCAAGAGAACUCCAAAAGCAACCGAGAUCAAAAUCAGACGAUUCAAAGUUCACAAAUCGCGGUAAACAAGAGCUGAAAGCAUCAAAGGGAAGUAAAAUACCCACUCCAAUUUUUCACACCCCAUUAUCCAAAAGCGAGAGGCAACUAGAUAAGCUACUGGAUCAUGAAAAGACUACUGCAGAUGCUAGAGUUCCAUCCUUGCCAAACAUUCAUGAAACAAGUAGCAGAGAGAGAUUUUUCAAAGAGGAGAUCCGUCCAGACUCAAACCUCUCAGUACCAAUCUUACCGUCGGUACGUAGCGACCACGAAGGUCUUAGCGGAUCCGACGUAGAGCAUUCGGGACUCACCAGGAGGAAAAAAGUGAAAAAGAAACCAAAGAAGACGAGGCGAAGAGAGUCCAGAAGUGCCGGCAGCGAUUACGAGAGCAGCAAUUUAAUUGAUUCCGGAUUCGAGCCGAGUCCAAGGAGCAGUAGGAUCCCCAAGUGGAAGAACAUGUCCGAGCGCGGCGUCAACAUGACCUCCGUCACCAGAAGCAUCCAAAGCAACAUAAGAAGGUACCACCUGGAAAGAAAGAUAUUCCAGCACCUACUGGAUCUUAAGCGCAGCCAAAUUCGCGCAGGUCAACACAACGAAGCGGUACUGGUGAAACGUGCUAUAGACCAGUACAAUCAAUCAUGCGCAUCUACGGUGGGCGCAGGUCGUUACGUCACCGAAGACUUCACGUUUAAGAGUUUCGAGAGGUUCCUUUACGAGUCGCUGAGGAAAUUGCAGAAGAUCGAUGUGGCUUACUUAAGGGGGCUUCCGGAGGUCCAGGAGCACGUGAAUCCUUUACUUUGCACCAAGAGUACGCACAGAUGCAUGCACGCUACGCAUGCGUAUACUGGAGUGCCAUGCGCGGCUUACUUGCCAAAGAUGGACCACCAUUCAAUACCAAAAAUCGGAUUUAACUCGUCGACAGCUUGUAAGCCAGGUACGGGUGGUUUUCUGCCCAGCAUCGGGUCGAAGCGAGGAGCCGUGACCUUGGAGCUGAGUCACGGGACCGACAAGCAAAUCAUAUCACUGCCAACGGACAAACUGGACCAAAAUAAACGUUAUUACGUCACGUUCACGGUUAAGGGUCAAGAGGAAGGUUCUGGGGAGAAAAAUGCUGUUGAAAAUGGACACGUACAUGCUAAAAGUGAUUAGGUUCUAUACGAGGUAGAAAUAUAGAGGGUGAUUUUCGACCUAUGCGCAUAAACUUGGGAAAUGAUAGCUGAAGAUCAAUGAUGAGUAAUACUGAGGAAAAAUUUAGUAAAAUAUUUUUGUUUUUCGAAAUAAAGUCAAACAAUGUUAAUAAAACGCGUAUCAUACGGACUUAUUUUGUUUAUUAAUAACUGACAGUAAACAUGAUGUUUGAAAUUUGUUGUUUGGAAUCUUUAGCAGUAACUGAUCGUUUUCGAUCGUUCUUUUCACACGAACAAAAUAAAAGCCUCAAAAGUAUGGCGCACAUUUUUACAAACGUAGAACUUCUCGACAUGGUUUUGGUUCACGGAGAAACGCAUCAAAAUGCAGUGGCAGUAGCUGAUGAUCUUUAUUCAAAAUUCAAAUUCAAAAAUAGUUUAUUCAAUAAUUGCUGAAAAUACAACGAAGUAAAAAAUUUAUUAAAUAAAUAAACAGUUAGAGCACAUUUACAGUCUUGCGAAAUUGCUUAACUAUGGAAAAGAAGACAUCUACUAAGGCAACUAGUGCGUCAGCGCGUAGCGUUUCUUCGUCCUUUAGUUUUGCUCUAAUAAUUAGGGCUAUGUAAGUUUUAUCUUAAGUAAUUCCAUUAAUUAACCUAUACUAAUCAAUUUUAAAAAUAUAAAAUUAUAAAAUCGACAAAAACUAAACUAUAACAAGUAUAAAUAAAAUAACUACAAGAAGAACAUAUGUACACAAUUAAAAUAGUACUUAUUAAAGAGCAACGUAAAAUCUUCAAUGAACAUAAAACGAGUAAGAUAAUAUGACAUAAAUACAUAACGCGACUAAAGUAAGUAUUUGGUAUGAAUACAGGCAAAAGAGUUUUUUAUGCAAAGCUCGAUUUAAAUUUUCUAUAAUCAAAGUUCAAAAUAAAGGCUUUUACGGCUUUUUUAAACUUUGCUCUGAAGUGCAUUAUGUUCUUUACAUCGGUAGAAAGCAGAUUAAAUAUUUUAGGUGCCAUAUAAGAAAUGCACUUCUGAGAGACCCUAUUAGUUUUUAUUUUAAUAUUUCAGGUACUAUCUGUUUUAUUUGUCUAUUUUCGUAAAUCUCCUUGUCAAACAAUUUUAUUUUUCGAGGGUACUUAGCAUAAGACUCUGGUCGCAAAAAGUUGCUUUACCCUAAGAACACUAAACUCUUGAAAUAACAAAUAUGUUGGGUACAUGCGGUUUUUAUAUAACAUGGUUUUUAUACACCAUUUCUGUGCUUUUUCCACGCUACUUAAUGCAGUUUCAUAACUGCUUCCCCAUACUAUUAUGCCAUAUUGAAGAAUAGACUCAAAUAAUCCAUAGUAUAUAGUCUUUAAAUUACUUUAAUUCAUAUAAAACCUUAAUUUCCGUAAAAUAAAUAUGAUUUUUUGUAGUUUGGUACUUUGCUGCGUGAUAUUUGAAAUGCAUUUCAACAUUAUUAACGCAUUUGCAUGGUAGCGUUUUUAUACAAUCAUCUUCGUGUACUAUUAUUAAGUUUCCCAA